CGGUUGAUGCAAAAGGUGCCGAAAAAAUGGACCAUCUAUAAGCCCAUGGUGCUAUUCAAGAGUGGGACUUUUGAUGAUCCAGUGUGGACAAAGUAUCUUAGCCCAGGUUUCUGGGAGCUGCUCAAGCAGACUGGGUUUUUCGAAAACGUAACUCAUUUUGCAGUCAACAAGCCGAUCAUUGAGUCGGACGUGAUGAGACGACCUUUCAAUAUUCUCCCACUCUACGGAGACUUUGGGCCACUGAGUUCGUUCGAAGAGCCCAGUGAUCAAGACUUCCGGUCGGCUUUUUGGUGUCAGAUCACCCAGAACGGAAUCAUACAAACGUGGAGCCCCAAAUACACCAUGUUCAGUCGAGGUAACAUCAAGGAAAAGGCAAGAAUCUUGCAAAACUACAACAUCAAUCCUGGCGAUUGGGGGUGUGAUUUAUACGCUGGUAUUGGCUACUUCACCUUACUGUAUCUCACCAGAGGCAUGAGGAUGUUUUGCUGGGAGAUCAACCCGUGGUCAAUCGAAGGCUUGGUAAGAGGGCUACAAUUGAAUAAGUUCAAAUACCGAGUAGUCGAACACCAACAAGAGUACACCAAACAACAAUUUUCCCAAGACGAAAAUGAAGGCAUCCAAGCAGUAAUUUUCAAAGAAAGCAACGAGUAUUCGCUUCAUCGCUUACAAGAAUUGGAUCCCGCCAUUCUGCAUAUCAACUUGGGUCUACUUCCAAGUUCCAAACCUUCCUGGCAAUAUAGUGCCAAAAUACGAAAAACCAGUCCUGGCUAUAUUCACAUCCAUGAAAAUGUUCACACCACCGAUGUGGACCGCCUAAAAGACGAAAUCGAGUCCUUCUUCCACCCGGGCUCCGUCCAGCAUGUAGAGAAGGUGAAAACUUUUGCUCCAGACGUCUGGCACAUUGUCUUUGACCUA